AUGUCCUCACCUCAUACUCACCCCGACGUCCCUCCCCUGCCCUCUCCCUCGACCUUCUCCAUCCUCCCCGACAUCUACAUCCUCCUCGCACGCUUAAACCUGCUCCACCAACCGCAACUGAACGGACACUCGCAAUCGUCCCAGACUCAGGCCCCCACGUCCCAGCAUCUUCCGUCCCAGACCCAUUCCGCCGCCGCGGGCUCGCAGAUCCCCGCCUCGAUUCUCAACGGCGCGAGUCUGCUCGAUCUCAAAGACCUCCCGGGCCAGAUCUAUCCGCUGAAGCAAAAACUGGCAAAGGCACGUGCAGCCGUGGAAGAGUUGCCGGACGUGGAGAGGACCGUGGAGGAGCAGGAGGCGGAGAUCCGGAAGCUGGAGGCGACGGUGAGGGCGUUGAAAACACGGUUAGGCGGCUUGGGAGCGAUUGCGCGCGAGAAAGCGGAUGUGGAGAUGACGGAGCACGAGGAAGGAUGA